CUAGUCACCUGACCGAACGCCAUGCAAAUCAUUCUGCUGCUGGAGCCUCAUUGGCCGCUUGUGGCUCAUUUAACCGCUGUCAGUGCGCAUCAUAUGGCCGCCGCUUUUACCAACUUCUCAACUCCGACAGGGAAAGUGGCUCCAACGCGCAUCCGUUCACUGUGGAUGUGAACCAACCCCGGCGACGACACGGCGAAAUACCGGUUGGAAACAUUUCACAUGCCUUCUCGGAUUAAUUUUUAACUCGCAUUUGACUCAUUCGGGGUUAAGAUACUAAUUUUGUUACGCAGUCGUCCUGAGCGCACUCGCACUUGUGCGCGCCAGACCUAUCUUGAAAUAGACUUUUUUUUUCUCUGUUGGCGGUGAAGUUUUAAACCAGGUGAAUGUAUAGCAUGAUGAUGGAAACUGACCUCCAUUCCCCCGGCCCCCAAACGAACACGACCACGGGGCAAACGGGGCCGAAUAGCGGGUCCAAAGCGAACCAGGAGCGGGUGAAGAGACCGAUGAACGCGUUCAUGGUGUGGUCCCGUGGGCAGCGGAGAAAGAUGGCACAGGAGAACCCCAAAAUGCACAACUCUGAGAUCAGCAAGCGGCUGGGAGCCGAGUGGAAGGUGAUGUCCGAGGCUGAGAAGCGCCCUUUCAUCGACGAGGCGAAGCGGUUGCGCGCCAUGCACAUGAAGGAGCACCCGGAUUACAAGUACCGACCCAGGCGGAAGACCAAGACGUUGCUGAAAAAGGACAAAUAUUCCCUUGCCGGAGGACUGCUUUCUGGGCCCAGCGGUGGCGGUGGAGUUGGUUUGGGGGUCGGCAUGAGUUCAUCCGGGGUCGGACAGAGGUUAGAGAGCCCCGGGGGUCACGGAGGCUCCGCCAGCUCCGGCUACGCGCACAUGAACGGCUGGGCGAACGGUGCGUACUCGGGGCAGGUGGCGGCAGCCGCGGCGGCCGCGGCGAUGAUGCAGGAGGCGCAGCUCGCCUACAGCCAGCACCCGGGGAGCGGAGCGCACCACCACCACCACUCACACCACCAUCACUCACACAACCCGCAGCCCAUGCACCGCUACGACAUGACGGCGCUGCAGUACAGCCCGAUCUCGAACUCUCAGAGCUACAUGAACGCUUCUCCAUCCGGCUACGGCGGGAUCACCUACACACAGCACCAGGGCUCCGGGGUCUCCUCCUCGGCUGCCAUGGGGACGUUAGGGUCGCUGGUGAAGUCGGAGCCGAGUAUUUCUCCGUUGUUGGAAUAGCAUCUGCACUGGGACAUUUUGAAAAGAGCAAAGUGAUCAUGGCGACUAUCACCAGUGGACAUGCAUCGGUGCGGGGCGACUGUGAUUAGCAGAUAACACCUCGUCUCCUCUGCUGGCAGGCCAUCAUUACAUCGAGCACUGGGAGAUAGGUGUUGCAGGAAAAAAGACCUUUUGGAAAAUGUCAGCAACAGUCAGAGCCCCAAAUUUCCUCCAUUAGCUCCUUCCCCCAUGAUGCCACCCGCUCCCGUUAAUUACACAACCCCUUCCUCCAGCAGCCCUGUUGUUGUUUUUCUUUUUCUUUCUUUUUCUUAAUCUAAGUGCGGUGUUUUGAAGAUGGGACGUGAAGAAGAAAAAAA